UUGCAGCUUGAAAUCCGGAAAUUAGUACGUUUCGAUGUCAACAAUAAAAUGGAGGCUCGAUAAACUUGCUGAGUUUUGUUUAAUUUUCUCUUCCAGUCUAUAAACGCUAGUUGUUCCCCCUCCUCAGGAUCUCUCAUUCCCUGUCCCUGAUGGAAUAGUGGAUUCCCAGAAUGUUGCUGAUCAUUUUUUCCAUCUCCCUGUGUUUUUCCUGGUCUACAGAGAACAAAAUCUUUACUGCGGCUUUUAUAGCUGUCUCUGGCACAACUGACCUACCUGAGUAUUUUGGUGUAACAAUGAUCAAUGGAGUUCCUGUGACCUAUUAUGACAGUAAUACCUGUCAGACAGUCUCCUUACAGCAGUGGAUGACAGACUCGUAUGAUGCUAAUUACUGGAAAAUUCUCACAAAGCAAGGGAACGAACAUUCUGACAAGGCAAGGGAGAAUCUGAGGACGGUAAUGAAAAGUACAAACCAAACAUCUGGAGUGCAUAUUUUGCAAUUCAUAAGGACUGUUGAGAUCACUGCUGAUGGCUCCAUUAAGAGAUCGAUGAAUGUUGGAUUUGAUGGAAAGGACUUUAUUAGUUUAGAAUCAGACAGAAUGAGAUGGGUUGCAUCUAAUCACUUUGCAGUGAAGAUCAAGGAGGAAUGGGAUUCUGAUAAAGCAUGGAACAAGCACUGGAAAUGGCACUUGGAAGAGGAACUUGUUGAGCGUUUAAAAUCACGCUUACACUUUGGAAGACAAUAUUUCGGAAGGAGAGUUCAGCCUGAAGUGUUCAUCUCCAGGAGUGAGCCCAAUCGUCAGGACAAGCCACUCACUCUCUCCUGCCUGGUCACCGGAUUUUAUCCUGUAGACAUCGAGGUGACCUGGCUAAGGAAUGGAGAGGUCAUGUCUGAGACACAAUCCUCGGGGAUUCGACCAAACCACGAUGGGACCCAUCAGAUCCAGAAAGAGAUUGAAAUCAAUCCUGGGGAUGAGGAUCAAUAUUCCUGUCAAAUUGAACACAGCAGCCUGUCAGAGGCCAAGUUCUAUCAGUGGGAAAUCCCAGAAAAAAACAGAGCGUGGUCCCAGUUUUCAAUAAUAAUUGGAUUAGUCACUGGCCUGGCUGUUACGUUUGGGAUAAUCAUCUGGAAAAGGCCAUGGAGAGCUCAUCCCAUUCUGGAGACCAGGCCCACUCUCCUUCAACAGGAAGUCAUGGAGAAUAAUGUGGAACUGAAGCUGAUGAGCAUAUCUGAGCCCGAGCUCCAAACACAACCCUUACAGAGAGAGUCAAAUGGUCCACAUGACCUGGAGCAAGGGAAUAAUGCCACAAAUGAAAAAGAGACUCCAUCAGAAACAGACACAUUAAAUCCUGCAAGCAGUGUUUCUGAUGUAAACACAGUGCAACAUCAUCUAGAUAGCAAUGUUACAUAGUUCUUAACCACCGAUGAGGAACAAGAGUCAAUACAGAGUUUAUUGAAACAGCGCAAUCUACAUUGAGAAAGGUCCCUCUUCUAACUGACUAACACAAGACUAAUCUGUGCCCCACCCCUCCCCAGAAUUUGGAGGGACUGACAAUAAUUGCAAGGGACAUAGAAAUUGAAAUUGAUGUGGAUGGCGAGCUGUGUUCACAAGGGAAAGGAAGGUUUGAUCACAUUUACAAUUGUAUUUCAAGAGAAGAUAUUCACAAAUACUGAAUUGGAAAACAUUUUUUUAAGGUUUUCAAAUAGUGAGAGGAAAGAUCAUCACAAAAAGAUCUAGACUGGAAAUUGUGCAGCAUAGGAGGUACCACAUCAAAAUUAGGGAAUGACUCUGAUGCUCCAUGUAAAGGACAAAGACAGUUUUGAUGAGUGUUACUGAUAUGUGUAGCACAAGUGAUGAAUGUGCUGUGCUCCCAUGCACUGGAUAUUCUGCAGGGAGUUAUCAUUUGGGUAAAGGAAGCUCUGAAGGAAUUAACACUUUCAAAUAAUGAGUAUUCUCUGCUUGGAAUUAUUUGGGUAUUUAGGGACAAACUGGGUGACAGAUACCACAGAGGAGUUGGGAACUGUUACUUUUCAGAAUGAAAAGAUUAACAAAUUGUGCUUUAAAUAACAAAUUGAAAGUUCUAUCACUACAAAUUAUUUGACUUAAAGAGUUAACAGUUGGGGGAAGGAUAUUGCUGUGAAUAUCUGUACUGUAGAUCCAUCCAAUAAAUUAUAGACAAUAUUGUU